CCUGUUAUCAAUUCCUAAAGCCUAGCGCACACAGCAGAUAUUUGUCGCAAAAGACGAAGAUUUUUGUCUUUUUCAUAAAAACUGAUUGCCCGCACACAGCACGAUUUUUUUCGGAUUAGUGCCUCGAUUAAGUUUUGUGACCUCUUUUUCACAUUGUUUGAACUUCUUGGCGCGUAAAAUAAAAUUCCAAACACGAAUAAAAUUGCUCAAGAAACUGACAAAGGUUAUGAAUUUGACAAAAAAGAAAGCACUGUUGGCUAUUAUCCUUUUAAUAAGACGAAGAAGAAGGAGGCGAAUUGCGAGACGAAUGUGGGUGAAAUCCUGGAUUGAGCGUAGAAAUGAGCUGGGAGCAUAUCAGAAUCUUGUUCAGGAGUUAGCAUCGGAGGAUAAAUCUAUGUACCAACGCUAUUUUCGUCUCAACGAAGACCUUUUCAAAUCUCUUCUUGCCAAAGUAAGACCAAUGAUUCAAAGAAAAGACACUCACAUGCGAAAAUCAAUUAGUGCAGCAGAAAGACUUGCAGUCACACUACGAUACUUAGCAACAGGAGAGUCAUUUCACAGCCUGGGAUUUUCAUAUAGACUUGGAGAAAGAACAAUUUCAUCAAUAGUGACAGAAACUUGUGAUGCAAUUUAUCAGAAUCUUAAGGAUAGAUAUCUUAAGAUUCCAAGCACAUCUCAUCAAUGGAAAACAAUCAGUGAUGGUUUCUACAAUUUAUGGGACUAUCCUUUUUGUGUUGGUGCAUUAGAUGGCAAACACAUUGCAAUCAAACAACCAAAAAUGUCUGGAUCAGAGUACUUCAACUACAAGGGAUAUUUCAGCAUAGUCCUUCUAGCAUUGGCAAGUUAUGACUACAAGUUGAUAUUUGUUGAUGUUGGUGCAAGUGGAAGAAAUGGUGAUGCUGGACUUUUUGAAACAUCGCCUCUAAAUCAACAGAUGAAAGGCAAAUCAAUUGCCUUUCCAGAAGCUGAGCAAUUUGGGGAAACAUGCAUCAAAUGUCAUUAUCAUAUCAUUGGUGAUGAUGCAUUUCCCUUGAGAAAUGAUAUCAUGAAACCAUUCCCAUUUAGACAACUGUUACAUGAACAGCACAUUUUCAACUACAGGCUUUCUAGAGCACGACGGGUUGUCGAAAACGCUUUUGGUAUCAUGGCUAAUAGGUUCAGGGUGAUGCUGACAAAGAUUAUGUUGGAGCCUGAAAAGGCUAAGCAAAUUGUGCUGGAAAUUUGUUGUCUGCACAACAUGCUGAUUGAUGAGCAGCCUUCAUAUAAAAAUGCAUGUGACAGUGAAAGAGACAACCAUGAGCUUUUUCAAGGCAGCUGGAGAUUAGACAAAUCUCUAACUGAGUUACAGAAGACAAAAAACAGAAACUGUUCAUUAAGUGCUAAGGGUCAGCGUGAGCUUUUGAAACAAUAUUUUUGCUCAACAUCUGGAUCAGUAUCAUGGCAAGAUAGUAUGGUUGCAACAAAAAAUAAUGAACUCAACUAGCUAGUGUUGUAUUGUACCUGCAA